AUGUUUCCCCGUGGUCGUAGACCGCCCACCACCCCCGGUGAGGUACCUCUCCACCGACUCCAGCGUCAGCGCGGUGCUGGGAGAAAACCAGCUGAAUUGGCCAUACCAUUUGUCAUUGUGGGUGGCCAUGGCUCACCCGUCACACACCGCACCCCAUCACCUCCCCCAGACUGGCCCAGCGACAUGGAAGAUCUAGAACCGCGAACUCCAGUGGCAGAACCUACUCCCAGAACACGAGAUCGUAUACCUACUCCUCACCCUGGCGGCUUCUCUCGCCAUCGCUCAUCGUCAGCCCCUCCUUCGGCGGGCUCGGGGUCAAGGAACAUGUACUACUUCGACGAUGGAGAAACUACACUGGUUGCGAGUGAUCAAUCGGAUGAAGUAUCUUCACUGACACUUGUAGGGGAGUCUUCGUUUUCUGAAUAUGACUCCGAUGACUCUGAUAAUUCCAAUGACGAGGAGUAUAGUGAUGACGAUGAUGAUGAUGACGAGGAGAACGAAAAUGAUGAAAGUGACAAUGAUGAAGAAACGGGGACCUACUAUAUGGAGAGUCCAAUCCAAGAGCAAUACGCAAGAAGGGAAAGGACCUUCGAGGUAGAGGUAAAUUUUCCGUUUCUCUCAACAAUGUCUGAUACUUGGAUUAACUCAUACACUUGUAUUAUGUAUAAGGUUUCGGAAGAAGAAUACUUCCAAGAAGAACAUGAGGAACAGGAAGAAGAAACAAGUGUCGAGUAUGUCGAGAUUCCUGAGAUUAGAGAGGAGGAAAUGGUUGAUCAAAGUGAAUUCGAUCUUUUGAUGCUGAGCGCUGUCGGAGCUCGUAAAGCUCAGGAUUACGUGCAGAACGUAAUUCAAAGCCCAAAUGACAGUGUGAUUGAAUAUGCGGAGGAUAGUGAUUACAGUAUGGAGACUGGGGUCAGAAAAAUGCCAAAGGGGCAGCUCAAAGGUUCACAGCAGUCAGUUGAUGUUGGUAUUGAGGAGAGCCGGUGGCAAGCACCGGUUAUUCAAAUGGUUGAACAGGUGGCAUCAGGCCCAACCCCGUUCCCUGGCACCCCACCUGCACAGGAAAAUGAGUUUAUCAGAACAAAUCCAAUCCCUGUGGAAGAUGGUGAACGAUUCUUGGAUUCUCGAGUGUACGAAGACUCGCCCACCCCUCACGGGAAUUCUCGAUGGUUUGGCCGUCCGUUGGAAUGGACUCCUGGAAAGAACUUUUUCGAGGGACAGGAGCAAUGGGCGUCUGAUUGGGAGGGCCGAGCGUUAGGUUCCCCACUCAGUUGUAAAGGAAACCGCCGAGUGGCCGUUGAAGGACCAAAAACGGAACUCCAGCCAGCAGCACAGGUUAAGUGUGAAGACAGUGAGCUUACGCCAUAUGCAUCAGAAAUAGAGGAAAUUAGAGAGAAUACAACAAUCGAGUAUGGUGAGGCCGAACUGGAACCAUACACAGUUGAACCGGAGGUGGAAAUACGAGACACAGCCGUUGGGCAUAACAAGAACAAGCUUGAACCCUACACACAUCAACCAAACAUUGACGACCUUGAGCCGUACACGCCCCAACCAGAGGUGAAUAGUGAGAACAUAACCAUUGGUCAUGAAGAUGAUAAGCUUGAGCCAUACACGAAUGAGCUGAAGUGGUAUGAAUGGGAUAGAAAUAUUGUGUAUGAAGGGGGCGAGCUUAUGCCAUACACACCUGAACUCCGGAUAGAUAGACAAAAUACAAACAUCAUCCACAAUGAACAAAGCCUUGGACAUCCAAUGUCCGCAGCUGAGAUGAUUCUCCGACAGCGCGAUGUUCGCCCUUCUCUUAGGCACACUUUAUCAACGGCAAUAGAGGAGAAGAGUAAUAGCGAAACCAACGAAGACCACUAUUUAGGUUAUUCGCCUGUUUAUGCGCCUCAAAUAAAUGAGCCACUCGUGGGCUCGGAAAAAGUUAAUGAGAAUUCGUUACAUCAACUACCUGCCGUAGGUGACAGUGAAGUUGGUAUUGGCUACGGUGGUGGCGACGACAAUGAUCACAUGGAUGAUGAUGAUAACGACAGGAUGUAUGCAUUUGGGGCAAAGAUAUCUUCAGAACACAGAACUACUCCCUUUGAAGGGCGAAAAGUAAGGCACACCGGAAGUCCUAAUGUUUUUAAUAUGCCGCUCCCUCCUCCGUCCGAAUUUGACAGCAGCGACGAACGUCCAUUAUCACCCAUCAUCAGUGACCACACAAAUGCUAUUAUGACUCUCCCCCCUCCAUCCGACUUGAACAGCGGUGACGAAUGUCUGUUUUCACCUAUGCAUACUGGCUGCAUAACUACUGCUCAACCUCAGGCCCUGCCUGCUAAUAAUUGCGGACGACCGCGUCCGCAGUUACCACCGCCACAACAUACUUAUACUAUGCCCGACUAUAACGAGAGGAAUGCUAUCUCUCAAAGUCAGAGGGAUAAUUCUGACUUCUCAUCUCCCCCAACAGUGGGAUGGGGUACUUUAUUACCCGAAAAUUGGAGUAAACUGCCGGAAAUGGUAAACGAUUAUCAGGAAGGGAUGGAUCAACAAUUGUCAUGCGAUGGGGAUGAUGAGGAGUCUGAAGACGGCUCCCGUGAUUCAAUUGCGCACGCCAAAUAUCCACCCGCCAACAUCGCACCUGACUCAGCUGUCGAUGGCACCCGGGGCAGUAACCUCAACAAUUUAGAUCCCCUCCUCGAGGCGGAACAAGGACAGCCUGAAGUGGACAAUAGCGCAGUUGAAGAAGGAGAAGAGGGAGAAGAAGAAGAAGCGAGGGUAAAUACUAAUCGGCGGCUGUUCGCCCUUGUAGACACUACCGUUGAUAUCCCACAAAACUCGGCGCGUCCUCAAGCUAGGCCAUCAUGGCUGAAAUCAAUUCCAAAUCCUGCAGAGGUCCUGCAGGCAAAGCUACCCACUCCCGAAUACACUGAUCUCGGAACAUCAAUUCCUGCAUUCAGAAAUUUGAAGAAAAAGGAUAGAAAGGUUCCAUUGACGAAGCCUAUAAUCACAAAGCAGCACCGAGUGAGGAAAGCCCAUUCCCAUAAAAGCAUCUUUGGUUUCGAUGACCCCAUUGUUACGAGAUAUUUCGAAGACAGAAAGAAAGAGAUUCGUGAUGCAGCUAGGGAGGCCUCAGCGAAGUUCGAGGCCCCUUGGUUGAAAAGAGUUCAGAUUCCUCGUCCGAAACCUUGGUACUUGAUGACUUGCAUCGAUGAUGUUCCAGAGACUUUCAUGGGCCAUAUCCCAAAGACUGCAAACUAUGAACCUAUCAGCACGACACCAGCAAAAAUAAAUAACAAGCGCUGCGCCUCAUGGGACUCCCGCGAUGAUAACCCUAAGAAACAACGUGUUGAUGCAGGUCACCCCGAUGAACCUCUCAAACGCCAUCACGACAUGUUGAACAAGCUCAUGAAGAAACGCAAAUACAAAUCCCCUGGGAUUUUCAAGAGUACGGAACGCUUUCCGGAUGGAACUCUUGUGCACCCUAUUGAUACAUCACACCGUCUUGACUGCUUUCUUGCGGUUGCAACCGGAAAGGAAUUCUGUUUCCCCGCGAAGGAGCAGGAAAGCGCAUGGGAGCACUGUGGACAAGAGGCAAUGUUUGGGGAAUAUGGAUUGGUUUCAGAGAUGGGAAUGGGUGAGAAAGCAAGGGAACUUUGGGCUGGGAAAUCCGGGAAAUAA